UUGGGGAGCUAUGCUGAGGCCCGGCGGAGCGGAGGCAGCCGAGCAGCUCCAGCUUCGGCGCGCCCGCGUCCCGGUCCCCGCGUCCCCCGACGGCUACCGGUCUCCGACCCGCCUAGGUCUCGCCUGUUUGCUGCUGCUGCUGACGCUGCCAGGCCCCGUAGACACGUCCUGGUGGUACAUUGGGGCACUGGGAGCCCGAGUGAUCUGUGACAAUAUCCCUGGUCUGGUGAGCCGGCAGCGGCAGCUGUGCCAGCGUUACCCAGACAUCAUGCGCUCAGUGGGUGAGGGUGCCCGAGAAUGGAUCCGAGAGUGUCAGCACCAGUUCCGCCACCACCGAUGGAACUGCACCACGCUGGACCGGGAUCACACAGUCUUUGGACGUGUCAUGCUCAGAAGCAGCAGGGAGGCAGCAUUUGUAUAUGCCAUCUCAUCAGCAGGGGUGGUUCACGCGAUUACUCGUGCCUGCAGCCAGGGUGAACUGAGCAUGUGCAGCUGUGACCCCUCUACCCGUGGCCGACACCGUGACCAACGUGGGGACUUUGACUGGGGUGGCUGCAGUGACAACAUCCGCUAUGGUGUCCACUUUGCCAAGGCCUUUGUGGAUGCCAAGGAGAAGAGGCUUAAGGAUGCCCGGGCCCUGAUGAACUUACAUAACAACCGCUGUGGUCGCACGGCUGUACGCCGCUUUCUGAAGCUGGAGUGUAAGUGCCACGGGGUGAGUGGCUCCUGUACACUGCGAACCUGCUGGCGUGCACUCUCAGACUUCCGCCGCACGGGUGAUUACCUGAGGCGGCGCUAUGAUGGGGCUGUGCAGGUGACGGCCACUCAGGAUGGCGCCAACUUCACAGCAGCCCGCCAAGGCUAUCGCCGUGCCACCCGGACUGACCUCGUCUACUUUGACAACUCUCCAGACUACUGUGUCUUGGACAAGGCUGCAGGUUCCCUAGGCACUGCAGGCCGUGUCUGCAGCAAGACAUCUAAAGGGACAGACGGUUGUGAAAUCAUGUGCUGUGGCCGAGGGUAUGACACAACCCGAGUCACCCGUGUCACCCAGUGUGAGUGCAAAUUCCACUGGUGCUGUGCUGUGCGGUGCAAGGAGUGCAGGAACACUGUGGAUGUCCAUACGUGCAAGGCCCCCAAGAAGGCAGAGUGGCUGGACCAGACCUGAACACAUGGAUACCUCACUAGUCCCUCCACUUCAAACCUUCUAACUCA